AUGGCCACCAGAUUCGCGAUUCGCCGUCUUGCAACCCCUCAAACUUUCCGCACUUUCUCCACCACCCGCCCAGCAUUCAUCAAAGUCGGCGAUAAAAUUCCCAAUCUUGACACCUUGGUUGAGAAUUCACCCGCUAACAAGGUUAACUUAAGUGAGCUUACUACUGGUAAAGCUUUGAUCAUUGGUGUUCCUGCUGCUUUCAGUCCCUCGUGCUCCAAUUCUCACAUUCCGGGCUAUAUCAAUCAUCCCAAGCUCAAGGAAGCCGGUGAUGUAUUUGUAGUUGCUGUUAAUGAUCCUUUUGUUACCAAAGCAUGGGGCUCAACUCUUGAUCCUACCGGUGAAUCUGGUAUCCGCUUCCUCGGCGACCCAACCGCCUCCUUCACCUCUGCCCUUGAUCUAACCUUCGACGGCACCGCCAUCUUUGGUGGACCCCGCAGUAAACGUUACGCGCUCCAAAUUGAAGAUGGGAAGGUCAAGGCCCUUCACGUUGAGCCGGAUAACACUGGUUUAAAUGUCAGCGCCGCCGAAAAGGUCCUCGGCUAA